AUGUCAGACAUGGAAGAUGUUUUGGAUAGGCAAGAGCGAGAAAGGCGAGCAAGAAUGCGCAGAAGAGCUGCAAGCAAAAGGGCGCAGAGAGAACUAGAUGAGCAACUUGGUGUGGCCGUUGCUAUGCUGGAGGAAGAAAACCAGAGCCGUCGUGGUUCACAAGAAGGUCGGGCAUCGGAUGUGGACAGACAUAGACAUUGUCGGGAAAAUUGUGCUGGAGAUUUGGGGCUGCUUCCUAAGCAAAAGUUCACAGUUGUGAUACGAAUGCUGGCGUAUGGAUCAUCUGCUGAUCAGUGGAAAAUCUGUACACCAUGGACUACCUGCGCAGACCUACGCCCAGGGACCUGCAACGGCUUUUACAAAAAAGCUGAGUCUCGUGGAUUUCCUGGAAUGAUUGGUAGCAUUGACUACAUGCACUGGCAAUGGAAAAAUUGUUCAUCUGCUUGGCAAGGGGAUUAUGGUAAUCGGAAAGGGCAGAAAAGCAUCAUCCUCGACGCAGUUGCUGGUUUUGAUACCUGGGUUUGGCAUGCCUUCUUUGGAGUUGCCGGCUCUCAAAAUGAUUUGAACGUCCUGGGUCAAUCCCCGGUGUUCAAUGAUAUUUUGAGAGGUGAAUGCCCAAAUAUCACAUAUCAAGUCAAUAAUACCGUCUAUCAAAACGGGUAUUAUCUAGCUGAUGGUAUCUACCUGAGAUGGACAACAUUUGUGAAAUUAAUUCCACAUCCCCAAUCCCAGAAGGAAAAAUUUUUUGCUGCCUAUCAAGAAGGGUACAGAAAAGAUGUGGACAGGUGCUUUGGUAUCCUUCAAGCUCGGUGGGCUAUUAUCAAGGGCGCGGCGCGUCUAUUUGACAAGGAGGUGCUCAGAAGUAUAAUGAUGACUUGUAUCAUCCACCACAACAUGAUUGUGGAAGAUGAGUAUGAUUACGAUGUUGAUGAAGUGUAUGAACCAGAUCCCAUGAACACAACCUUAACACGAAUUUAUGAAAAACCUAUGGGGCCAAAUGGAGAACCAGUGCAGCAUGAUCCGUUGGUUACAGACGGUACUUUCAUGCAUCGUAUGAUUGAGCGCUACACGGAGAUGCAAUCGUCGUAUAUUCAUGAACACCGUCAAGUUGACUUGAUGGAGCAUUUGUGGGCGGUGAAAGGCAAUGAAGGUCAAUGA